AUGUCAAUUUUUACUACUCAAUUUCAUCAGAUUCUUGUCAUUGAACCUGCAGAUACACGCAUAUCCGCAUACACGGUUCUCUCUAUCUUAUUGCAUCGAUCAGAUAUCAACAAACUAAUUGUAGAUGGGCUUGUAGAGUGCAUGCAGAAUGGCACUCGGUCGUCCAAACUCGCUGUUGUGCUAUUUUUAGAAUUUGUUUUGUUAAAUGAGACUACCAAUGAUAAAUGCAUCUCUUCCAAGAGCACGGAAUUGGAGAAUUAUAGACAGCGUCUUUUUCAAGCACUAAUUCCGUAUCUACUAAAAUGCGUUGAUUCAGACGGAAUGUUAAACGAGUCUGUUGGUCAGUUCCAAAAAACUAGACUGACAAUCCUAGCAUCAACAGUCAUUUUGGUGCAGCUUAGAUCUGAUGCUCUUGCUGUAGCACAAAAAUCAUCCAUUACAAAUUCUGAAAAAAGAGUACUUAUUCAGGAUGACUCGUGUAUUAGAAAUACAGCAGGGCAUUUGGUUUUAUAUAUUCAAUCAAUGUCCAAGUAUCUGUCCGAUAAUCGAUUGUAUGCACCUUUUUUUAAAAAAAUCGCAUUAAUUGUUCAAGAUGAGAUGGAUCAACUUCCUCAAACACACGAAUCUCUAGCGGUGCUUGUGGCUACGAUUUCAAAAGCUAUUGUUCCAAGAGAAUACUUUUCUAGCAAUAAAAUAAUCAAGAAACUAGAGAGCAUACUGGAAAAGGAGCGUGAUUUCAUGUUAAAAUUAAUUCAAACAUGUGCUGUAUUAGCUGCAGUAUCACAAGAACAAAUGGAUACGGUUGUUAGUAGUUUACUGGUUCAGCAGCAGCUUUUAAAAUUAAUAUCAGUUUCAAUCCAUCAAACUCAAAGCAAACAACUCAGAUCUCUUGCAUUUGAUUUAUUACGACAAACUUUGGUUGCGCUAGAUUCGGGAAUGUUUACAUCUAUAAUGGAUCCUCUUGCUGCAAUGUUUUGCAUUGAAAACGAUGAGAGUGUGCACCAAUUGUACGACAUAUCUUUGUUGCAAGAUAUUGCUGGUGUAAUUGCCGAAUUUGCUGUUAUACAUCCUCAAGCAGCGCUCAAGGACAUGUUUGUUCUGCUGUCAUCAGAAUCCAUGGCUGUUCGUCAAAAUGGAUUGUUUAUUUUGCAACAAGUUUUGGAAUUGAACAAGGAACAAAUCAAAAGCAAUCCUCACUUUAAAAUAAGGCAAGUUACUCUUGCUGAUCCACUGCUUGUAAUUCCAACACUUGCAGAAAAAUUAUUCAGUCGUGAUGAACAUGAACAGUUCACAUCCGAAAGUAUUUUAGUGCAGUUACUAUUGUGUAGCAACCCCCAGCUGAGCGCAUUGGAAAUUUUUAUAGAAUAUAUUCGAGUCAUGAAUGCUCAGAAACCAUAUUGCCGGCCUCCCAAGUAUGAUUCUCCUGCACAAAUUGGGCGAUUACCGAUCCAAACACCGACUUCAUCGAAUACACACGAUACUGUAACAAAAAUAGACCGCUUAUUUCGAGUAUUUUCUAAAUGUGUCGAAAAGAUAGACGAGCAAGCCGAUGAUUUAAUUUCAAUAUUGGUACAGAAGCUGUAUGGAUGUCCUAGCGACCCACUUUUAGUUCGUAUACUCAGUUCAUUUAUUCCAGUUUUGUUACAAAGCUCAUCAUCGUGUAUUAAAGUCAUUCGAAUUUGCAUUAAUAUCAUGAGUACACAGCCUAGACUUGCAGAGAAUCUACUUUUGUCAGAGAUUCCAAAUGCAGUCGAGACUGUUCUUUUUGCACGACUCUGCCCACUACUUAUUUUAAAGAUGAUUCCGCUUGAAGCGUUAGAUCGACUUCCAUACUUGGAACAAUUUGAUGAGCCAAAAGAUUACUGGCAGAUGGAUAGUAGUUAUAAAUCUGACGAUGAUGGUUACACCUCUUGCUCUGCUUUGAGCGAUUGUAUGCUUAUUAGCCGACUGGCAGAUUGCCUGCUUGUACGGAUUGAGUAUCCAUUGGAAUUUGAAGAUGUUCAGAAACUAGCAUGUCAAGUUAUUGCUCAGCUGCCUUUGUGGUACAUCACCCACUCGUUGUUUGUAACCAAGCUGGAUAAAGUGAUUUUUUCGAGCAAUUUACGCUGUACUCGACUAAUCAUAUUUAUUGGAUGCCAUGCUGUAAUGGCAAGAAGUUCAUUUGGGACUAUGGAGAAUGAGAUGCUGAAAUCACUUGGCUCGCGAAUGUUUUUGACGAUAGCAUGGAAACCAGACUUGUCUUUGGCUAUUGGCUGUGAAGCAAACGAAAAAGAAACUAUUCUUUCAAAGAUCCAAUCGGGAUCGAUUGAGCUGUUGUCACUGAUUAUAUGCAACGAAGCAAAAUCCAACUCAUCUCAUGUUCUGCCAACACAUAUUUACAAAUCGGGCGAUCCCAUCGAGGAAACAAAAGGAGCGAAUAGAGCCAGUGUCAAAAGUAUGCCCGCAUCAAAAGUCGGUUUGAAAACUAUGGAUGACAACACGACUGUCCAACCUAUCGUGUCGAUUGCAGAUGUUACCGAGUCGAUCAAGCAAUGUCUUGACCCAUAUUCACGUUUACCGCAAAGCAUUCAAAUAUUGUAUCGGCAGCUAUUUCAGAAGGAUUCAGUAAAUGUAGAUGAUAUGGAAUUUCGAUGUAGUCUUACAACAGGUCUAGCAAAUGCGAUUCAUUUUGCAGUCAAAUUACUCUGCCUUUCAGGAUCCAAGCAUGGAACCUCUACAACUAUAGAUCCAUCACAAGCCGCUACGAUUUCCCAUGAGAUUGAGCCUCGAAAUGCAAAUGCCUUUUUAUGGCUUUAUCACCAGCUUGCUCCUUUACUGGUUGAUGUAUGUAUGACAAUACUGCAACAAGCCAAAUGCAGCACUACAGAAACUGAAAUACAUCGACCUGAAAUUGUUAUAGCAGCGAUGUUGCAAUCGCUAUUUCUAUUUAUGUUUAUUACCACUCGUAGCUCGUAUGCGACGCCCAAUCCAAUCCAAACUCGACCUCUCGUAAGCAUGUUGUUUGAGGGAUUAAACUAUCCACAUCAACUUGUUAGGCUAGAAUGUCUUAAAAUCAUUAGUGCGGCUUUGGCAGGAAUGGAUCGUUUAUUGCUCGAUCUUGAAACAGUUGCUCAGCUUCGGAUACGAUUAAAGGAACGUGCUGUGAUGGAAAACGAUGUCAAAUGCCGCACAUUGACCCAAAGGCUCAACAACGAUGGAUAUUCUAAAAAAGUGUGCCAAGCAACACUAGCACAAUGCAAAAACAUUGAAAGCUUCAAAGAAACUGGCCUCGGGGAUUGA